AUGCACCGCGGUGGAGCCCCUCGGCCCAGCAGCUGCGCUGGCGCGGAGCCGGGUUUUGAGAUGUCUAAAAAGAAACCCAAAAAAUCUAGCCGGGAGGAUGGUUUGGAUGACUUGGACAGCAAAAAAUCCGGGGGGACAGGAAUUUCUAAUAGUCUUAAAAAAGAGAAGCUAGAAUUUCAAAGAUUCAAAGUCGAUAAUAGUGUGAAAGAGAAGCAAAACCAAAGUUCUGUUUCACAAAGCACUGAUGAAAGAUUCCAGAGGGAGUCUUCAAACAGUACCAAAACCACCAAUGAUUCUUCAAUCCUAUCUGGGAAGCGUGGGAAGAUAACUAUACAAUUUAAGCAUAAAGACACUAAACAUGAAAAAAAUGCCUGUGAUUCUGGUGUGGUCCCUGAUAGCAACAAAAGCUGUAACAAAGACCGGCACUUUGAGGGAAGAGGAGAGAGAAAGAUACGGCCUAGUUUUGCUGUCCAAAAGGACAAGCUAACGAAGAAGAAGAAGAAAGAGAAAGCUGAGCUCAACAAACUGAAGGCUAGAGUUGAGCAGACUAUGUUGGAAAAGUUCACGACUGCUACAUGCCAGCCGCAUCUACUAAGAAAGAAGUCUCACAGCUCAAAAAAAUGCAGUGAUGAUUUCAGAAUUCCAAAAAAGUCUUCUACCUUUCCAGAGACUAAGGUUGAUGGCCCCCCCAGUAAUGCAUCGGGCUCAUCCUUUACGAUAUGUAAGGAAGAAAGUCUAGGAAGCUGCAAAGAAUUAUCUAACAAAAAUCAUAAUGCCAUUAAAUAUAAACCAUCAUGUUAUUCAACUGAAAUACCUAAACGAUGGGAAUAUCAUAAGCAGACAAAACAGCAGGCUGAGUCCAACAAAACUGCUGGUACUUCAAAGACUGAAAAAAGGAACCUUGAAGUUAAACCAUUACAUUUAAAACAGAGCUUUGAAGUUCCAUGUUCUUCUGCCUCCCCUGAAGCCAGUCAGAAUUCAGAGACAGACCAAGAGAUGCAGAUAAUAGAAGACUUGCAUGCUGCUCGUAUUGACAGAAAGAUGGUUUUGCCAGUUGUACAGACUUGUGGAGAGCUAACCAGUAUGGAAAUAGAUCUUCCAGAACAAGAUGCAAAUAUUUCUGCUGCAGAUAUGACUUCUGGUUUGAACCUUUUGAUAGUGAUUGACACCAACAUAAUGAUUAGUCAUCUUAAGUUUAUCAGGACUCUGAAAACUGAAGAUAUACCAGGGGUUGGCAGACUUGCAUUGAUAAUUCCCUGGGUGGUUCUACAAGAGCUGGACAACUUGAAGAAAGGGAAGAUGGUCCAACAUGUUCGAGACAAAGCUAUCCCUGCAGUUCAGUUCAUCUACACUUGUCUCAAAAACCAAGAUUCAAAGUUGUGGGGACAAUCUAUGCAGCUUGCUUCUCAAAAAAUAUAUGGCUUGAGUGAUGAAAACAAUGAUGAUCGUGUUUUGCAAUGCUGUCUGCAGUAUCGUAGCCUCUUCCCUCAAGCUGUUGUCAUACUGUGCACGGAUGAUAAAAAUUUGUGCAACAAAGCUCUGGUGAGUGAAGUCAAGGCAUUAUGCAAAACAGAUUUGGUUGCUGCACUCCGGAACCUCAAUGCGAACAAUCUGAAUAGCCAUCAGGACAUCCCGCAGCAGUCAGAAACUGAUGCUGUUUCCCAGGAAGUAAAGAAAGAUUGUAAUCUUCCUGAUCCAUUCUCAAGCAUCAUUCUUAACCUUGAAAAAAGCUUAGGGGAAGCUUUGUCUUCUAUUUUGGAGACUGAAAUGAAAAUCGCCUUUGGAAACCUUUGGAUGGAGAUACUGUACCUAAAACCCCCAUGGACACUAGCAGACUUGCUACAGUGCUAUAAAAAACAUUGGUUUGCUGUAUUUGGACAGGUUGUGCCAAGGAGAUUAUUUGCAACUAUUGAAUACCUGCACAAUCAUCUUUGUAAGGGAAAAAUGAUUGAUUCCUUAAUAGCUGGUACCCUGCUCCGGGAAUCCAAAAAACUAUUACAUGGUUUCAGCUCAAGAUCAGACUAUGAUGGUGUACUUCCCCAGGCUUUUACCCAGGUGAAUAAACUGCUUCAGUCACUUGAAGAGGAUGUGUCAAAUCAUAACCAUAAGUCAGAAGCCCCUGAAGAUGUUUCAGAAAAUGCUGCAUGUGAAAAAAUGGAAGAUGUGACACUACACCAGCAGACUUGUGAAGAAGGCAAAUCAUUGUCAGAUGCCCAGCUCACCCGAGAUAACAGACAUCUGCAAAUCUGGUCCGUGCUUGAAAGUGUUUGGAAUACGAUAAACCUGUACAGUAUCGACAUUUUCCAGAAGUUGAACCCAAGUAUUAUCAGCACCAUUGCAAAGACAUCGUUUGAAGAAGCUUUCUUAGGUCUACAGAAAUUGAUGGCAGCUGUGAAUGAUAUUCUUGAAGGCAUUCGUAGAAUCUUGACUCCAAACAGCAAUUUUGAAGAUAUUUGGACACUCUAUAGCUUCCUAAACAGUAAUGAGAUAAACAGCAGCAUAAAAUUUACUGCUGAGGAACUCUAUGACUGUGUUUCACAAGAAGUAUACAGAGAGAGGUUAACAGUUGGAUGCUAUCAACUAGCUCAGCUGGAAGCUGCUAUUAAACAGUGCAACACAUCUGUCCACAUAGAGGUGAAGAACAGAGGCUGGCUGUGAGACUACAGUUCACUGACUAAAGGCUUUGGGCUACAAUGUUCUCUCCCUUCUCUUUCAAAUCUCUCUGCUCUUUGUUUGAAAAGAAUGGAAAAUAUUUUUGUUAGUAGAACAACGUCUAGUACAGUUUUUUUUGUUUUUUUUUUAAACAGGACCAUGAGAAAAAGUAGUAUAUUUGAGGCAACUCCUGGAACUAGCUGAGCAGAAAGAGGGGAUUUUGUUGCUGGUCAUCAGAAAUAGAGCAUUGAUUUUUCCGAAUUUCCUUAAGAACUUGUCUGAGUUCAUGAUACAAUGUUAAAAGGUGCCUUUGAGAUACAACUUGGCAUACAAAAUUCUGUUAAACUACUUGUUUAAAUAUGUAAAUUCCAAAAAUAAUCAGUUGAUGCUUUUUCAUAUUUCUAGGACCCGCAUGUCACUGAAACUUUAGUACAAAGGACCACAACAUAAGUUUAACUCCUUUUUGUUAUAAAGAACAAGAUCACAUGUCUGGUGCAAGAUCUAACUGGAGACCAUAGGCCCAACGUGUAAAACACCAGUGUUACAGGUUAAUGUUUCAUUUUAUGCCAAAGCCAUGCUACUUGCUACCUAUUACACAUUAGAGGACAACCUUUCACUUUAGCUUUCCGCUAUCACACUUAACCAAAUUACCUUUUUUCCCCUAUGAAUGCUUUGAACUUUCACCUUGACUUAGGAUCCUAUCUUCAGCUACAGUAAAGUGGUAAUCUCUUGUGCUGUUAUAUCAUGUAGGCAAAAUUAAAGAGGGGACAAAGGAUAGAAAAACAAGGUGUGGUCAGUCUCAAAAUGAUCUGUUCUUUUUCUCAAUUUUAAAAUCUAUUAACGAAUUGUCCAGAAUACUAAGUCUGUCAUUUCUUGUGUGCAUUGGCCUCAGACUGAUGCAGAUCUUUAUCCCCUAUUUCACCCACAAUUGAAUAUCAGAUUUUUUACAUUCAAUUUCAGAUGCGUAGGUUGAGGGUUAAGCAGGCCUAUUGGUAAGAGCAUGCAUGCUAUUAAUACAUAGCAGCUGGUAGGUGGUAGAGACCCACUUUCCAGUACUGCGUGGGAACUUUUGCCUGUGCAAGAGAAAUGGGUUUUAAUAACUUACCCUGUGACUCCUUAAGUCAAGUCUUAUUAGGCAUCCAGUGCAAUGCCUAGCAUGGUGGUAAUUUGUCAUGGAAAAGUCUUCCCCCUUCCAGUUCAUCUUGUUUUAAGGACACACAUUCUUUUAACUUUGCAGUUUACCUUCAGAUGUUUUGCCUUAUUGCCCUUUAGUGUCUUUGAAUAUCAGGUGAGAAAUUUCUCUAAAACCACUUAAUUUAAACACAAGGUGUUACUUUUGGCCGUUAAAGCUACCUCUGUAUUUGUUUUUUGUAUAGAGAUGACAGAUGCAAUGUAUAAUUGUAUCAGUUAUUUUGAUAUUUUAAUUCUUAAAUGGUUUUGUAAAAUCUUUAUUGGAAGAAUAUAUUUAUUAAGAGUAUGUAAAUAAACUACUGUAAAUUCUAAGCUGCUUAAUGUACCAUCUUUCUUUAACUAAAGUAUAUCAAGUCACCAGCAUGAUUUGCAUCCCUUAAGAGCUUUAAAUAUUUAGCUAGCCAUUUGACUUGGAGAGAAGUAUGUCCCUUUUUGUUGUGGUUCUUAUACUGAUGCUCCUCCCCACCAAAUUGGGAUCUGAAUUCAAAUAAGUGAAAGAGCUUCAUUUUUUCAAAACUUAAGUGUCUCAUUCUGUUUUUUAUAUUGUACACUGAAAAACUUUAUUCUACUUUUGCUGUCAAUCUUACUUCUCAAUCCUGUAUGUACCUCCCAUUGUCUUUGGCAGCUGCAUACUUAGGCUAUAGGACUUGCAAGUUUAUAUAACUGAAAUGGCAUAAUUACCUGAUUAUGCAUAACACUACAUAGGUGCCUGUUUCCCAUACUUUUUAUUGCAGUGCUACUUAAGAGGUUUUCCUUCCUUCCCACUCUCCCUUCACCAUCCCCCAAUCUAUUUACUGAAACUAAUUUGGUACAGCUCAUGUGUUGUUAGGAACUGUUCCUAGCCACGUGGCCUAAACCUGCUACCAUAUUUUAAGCAUGAAAUUCAAUAAGCUUUUAUACAGUUUUAAAAGAAAGGUAGAUCCACUGAAGACCACAGAACAUGUCUGAAGUAACAUUUAGUAUUAAUGUAACAUUUUGAUCUUCCAACAGAAGCCUGGAGACAGAUGGCAGCAAUACACACAGGCAGCCUGUAAUCUUGCAGUACAAUCUGGGGAUUAUGAAUAUGUGAGGGAAGGGUUUUCUAUUCCCUGCUAGUUUAACAUAAUGUAACCAAAGCAGCUUGCUGCCGGGGGGGAGGGGGGGGGGGGGAAUGCAGGAGCAAAGCAUCCUGGGAUGUUAGAGGGCUGUGCUCCAUCUUUUCUCAGAAGGGAAAGUGCUCGGACAUUUGCUGUUGCAGGAGCGAGUGAUUUAACCGUUUUUGUUCCCAAAGAAAAAUCCUGAAUAUCUGUACACUCGCAGUUUCUACUUGAAGAGUAGCAACUCUCCCAGUGAAAGCUGAAUGUCUGUUUAUGGCCACAAGCUCCACUGCAGUACCAUACUAGCUUUCAUUUUAUUUUACUAAGUUAAGACUAGCUAAAGAAACUGAGCGUGCUUUUAUGGGAGACACUACUGUAUCUCAUGUUAAGUAACUACCAAGCAGUUAAACUGUAGCAUGAAAGAAGGACACAACUACAAUCCUGUGGUGCAAGGAUUUUCCAAAAGGUACCUUUAAUGUGUUUGCGUCAGCAGCAAGCAUUAAGUGCUAACUUUGGCACCAAAAGUUAGAUGUGCAGCACUAUACAUUAGACACCAAGUCAUCCCAACCAAUAUUCUUUAUCCAUCUGAAUAGAGAAAAUGAACCAAAACAUAGUACUAUGAGCAUUUGUGAAUCAAAUACAGUUUGUAUUAUAGCACAAUCUAGCUUGCAGUAUUAGAAAAAUAGUUACUAAUUUAAAUGGAUAAAUGCUUUCAUUACCUACUAGCAUCAGUCUAAAAACAUGAGAAUACACAAUUGGUUUGUGUUUUACUUUUAUAAAUGUUAGCUCAACAGUUGUAACAAAACUGCUGUAAAGAAAGCACCUCUCUGCAUUUGUCAAAGUAGUUGGAGCCAAAAUGAUUUUCAAAUACUAAAAAGUCACAGCUAUGUUAUGUUCAGAAACUCCAUUCAAAAUCUAAUGAAAUAUCACUGUUGCAUAAGUAUACUGUAGCAGAGGCAAAAGCUUAGAAGCUCAUGUACAGUGGUAAAUCUAGUGUCCCACUCAGCUUAUGAACUCCAAGAUUGUCUCUCUACUUGAAUAACCGCUUAACUGCCACUUUCACAUCAGCAGGUAAAAUACUCUGCUGAGUAUAUAAAAACUGUUAUAAAAAGGCAAUCAUAAAAGGUUAAGUAUUGGCAGGGAUGUCAGCUUUAUUUUAA